GGUCCCUUCGUUUUCAUCGCCAGGACACCAAGUAGCGGCUUCCUUCUCCAGCCCCCCUCUUCCCGUUGACCCCUCUCUCUUCUCUUGGUCCAUUUCACAUCUGACACCUCAAACAUGGAGGAAGAGCAUCUGAACCUAGGGAAAUCGACUGUAGCGCAAGCCAUCUUGUUGCUGGACAAGGCCUUCUCCUACUUGGGUGGCCGGUCUGGCUACAGCGAGGAGGAGAAGGCAAAGCUGUCGCAGGAUCUCCAUACUAUCCACCGAGGGUAUGGGGAAAAGCCUUUGCCACGAUGUCCGGGUCCAAAGGUAUGGCACUUCAGAAGAUUAGUUGAAUAUGUCGAGGAUGCCAUCGACGAUAUCGAGUACAAAUAUUUGAGCCACCGAUUGGAGGAAGAGGUUCGUCAUCCCAUCUCCAAGUUUGUCAAGACAAAGAUUUUCAACAAAGUUGCAAGAGUUGCUGUUCGGAGCAGCAACUUGCAACAGCUAAGGAGCGCCAUCAGGGCUUUAGAUUAUUUUGCAUCAGGAUAUGCAGAGAAUAUAGCUUUGGAUUCUUCCGGUGCAUCUCAGCAGCCCAGUCUCCAGAGACAGAGAGCCACAGGGGAUGUGUUUGGCCGGGACAAGGAGAAAGAACAAAUAGUACAUUGGGUGACUCAAGUUGCUAGCUCAAGUCCUAUCUCAUGUUUUGCAAUAGUAGGUAUGGCUGGAAUGGGGAAAACUGCACUUGCUCAACUCGUUCAUGAAGAUUCGAGAGUCUCAGUGAAUUUUGACUAUGUUGUCUGGGUGCCACAGGCUGUUGAUCUUGGAGCAGAAGCAAUAACAACUGAAAUAUUGAGGUCGAUUGGUUUUCCUGCUCGUUCUAGAAUCGACUCUAUGCAAUAUUAUCUUGCAGAAAAACUCAGAGGUAAGAAGAUCUUGCUCAUUCUAGAUGAUGUCUGGGAAGAUGAGAGCACAGAAAAAUGGGCGAAUUUGGUAUCUCCACUAAGAUCUGCUAUGAGAGGAAGCAAAAUCCUGCUGACCACUAGAAUGCAAUCAGUAGCAGAUAUGGCUGCUGAUGUAGUAGGAGGCGAGGCUGAGUUUUUGACACUGGAUGAAUUAGAUGAACACAGCAAUUUCUUACUCUUCAAAAGCGAAUUAACUCCUCACAUAAAGUUUGAAGAUCAUGCCGACCUUCUCUUGGUUGGCGAACAAAUAGCACAAAAAUUUGGAGGAUGCCCCAUCCUUACAUUAGCUAUCACUUCACAGUUGAAGGACAACAUACUUGCAAGUUAUUGGCGCACAAUAUUGCAUGAAGAAAUGCACAAUAUCACUGGAAUGCAUGGCAUUCUAAUGCGUGGCAUUCUUCAAGUUCUCCAAUUGAGCUAUGAUCGCCUGCCUAGACAACUGAAAGCUUGCUUUAAGUACUGUGGUAUAUUUCCAAACGGAUACAGAUUUAGCAAGGAAGAACUGGUAAACAUGUGGGUGUGUUCUGGAUUAAUACCUUUUGUUUCAUCAAAACCAGGGGAUAUUGGCUUACCUUUCGCCUCACCAAAGCCAGGGGAUUCUGGCUUCCCCAGAACAGAAAAUUUCAGCCUACCGAACCCAGAGGAUGUCGGGCAACAGUGCUUUCGUGUAUUGACAAGAAAGUCAUUCUUUUGCCGUGUGUUAGGAAGAGAUCCUUCUAAUGGAGAUCAGAAAGAAUAUUAUGUUUUACACAGAAUAAUGCAUUAUUUUGCAGAAUUUGUCUCUCAAGGUGAAUGUGCAAGAAUUAAUGGUUAUUUCAGAAACUAUUUUAUGGAAUCUAGUAUCAGGCUGGAAAUCCAGCACCUGUCUAUUGAUCAUUUUAGCAAUAUCACUGAACACAACAUAAAGUAUUUGAUCGGAACAUUUUGGAGAUUAAGGACACUUAUCAUACGAAGUGAGACUUGUCUUGAUCAACAGACUGAAGUUUUACUUGAGAAAUGGCUGGGGAAGUUAGCAGGAUUGCGUCUACUUUACUUGGAUGUGCCAUCCCUUUCUCAUGCACUUGUUGGAGUAUCCAAUCUAACUCAGCUCCGUUAUCUAUUUUUGUUCUCAUGUGAUGGGUAUCAUAUUCAAAAAGCCUUUAAACUAUAUCACUUGCAAGUGUUCAAGCUAAAUUACUUGACUGGAAAAGAAGCAGGCUUCCAUGGCAUAUACAACUUGCAUUCCCUUCGUUGUUUACAUGUUCCUGACAACAUGCUAUCUAAUAUCCAUGAUGUUGGAAGGUUAACCUCACUUCAGGAGCUACGUGGUUUCGAUGUAAUGGAAAUUGGUGGUCACAGAUUGAAUGCAUUGAGUAAUUUAACAAAGCUUGAGAAGCUCAGCCUCAAAAAUCUUCAAAAUGUCAGGAAUUCCGAAGAAGCUAUGGAGGUCAAAUUAAAGGAAAAACAAUGCAUAAGGUUUUUGUCCUUAUCGUGGAACAAGUACAGUAAUGAUCCAGAGAAUUUAUCUUCUCGAGUCCUAGAUAGUCUUGAACCAAACAAGGAAAUUCAGCAUUUGCAUAUAAAUGGAUACAAUGGAGUCCUACUUCCACAGUGGAUUGAGAAAUCGCUGCCCAUCAAUUUGGUGUUGCUAGAGCUCGAGUAUUGCAUGAAAUGGAAGACCCUGCCCUCACUUAAGGACCUAAAUUCACUGAAGUAUCUAAAGUUGGAGCAUCUUUCUCAGUUAGAAUAUAUAGGUGAAGAGGAGCAUUUUGGGACCAGCGAAUCAGAAGAUGCUCUUUUACCUCCAUUUCUUAACACUCUGAUAGUUCGAAGCUGCCCUAGCCUGAAGAACCUUCCUGCCAUACCUUGUACACUCGAGCAGUUAAUCAUAAAGCAUGUAGGCCUGGAAGUUCUCCCGAGAAUGCAUCAGAGGUAUACUGGUAGUCUAACAUUUGAUAAUUGGGAAUCAGCAUCAGCAUCGUCAGUAAAAUCAGAUCUUGCUUUUUUGCACAUUGAAAGUUGCGCACGUUUGACUACUCUGGAUGAAGGCUUCCUAAAGCAGCAGGAACAUCUUCAGUCCCUUGCAACAUUGAUUAUAAGGCAUUGCCAAAGGCUAUGCCAUCUGCCAAAAAAGGGUUUCACGGAACUGCCUCGCCUGAAUAUCCUAGAGAUGGUUGGAUGCCCAAUCCUAAGAGAUGCCAAGACUGAAGGCAGUGUACUACCUGUGUCACUCACGAACUUGGAUAUAAAUCCAUGUGGUGAUAUUGAAGUUUCAGUUCUCAUGUCACUGCAAAACCUCACCUUUCUCCGAAGGUUAUCACUGUUCAGUUGCAGUAAUUUAGAGAAACUUCCAUCAGAGAAUGUGUUUGCGACUCUGAACAAUCUCUAUGACGUGUCAAUAGCCAGAUGCAAAAACUUGUUGUCCUUGGGUGCGCUUGGAAUUGUUGCCACGCUGAGAGUGCUGUCAAUACUAUGCUGUGACAAGCUCCAUUUUUCAUACUCACAACAGGCUGGCUGCUCCUUUAAGCUACUAAAGCUUGAAAUUGACCGUCAAGCCUUGUUGCUGGUGGAGCCAAUAAAGAGCCUCAGAUAUAUUGAAGAGCUGCAGAUAUGUGAUGACAAUGCAAUGAAGUCCUUGCCUGGGGAAUGGUUGCUACAGAAUGCUGUUUCCCUCCAUUCAAUUGAAAUUGGAGUUGCUGAGUCCCUAUGCUCCCUGCCAUCCCAGAUGAUAUAUCUUGAAUCGCUACAAAGUUUGCAUAUAGAAAGAGCCCCUCUGAUUCAAUCACUCCCACAAAUGCCCAUGUCACUCAGAAAGCUGACAAUCUGGGGUUGUGAUAGAAUGUUUCUGAAGCGCUACGAAAAGGAUGUUGGUCUUGACUGGGGCAGAAUUGCUCACAUUCCGGAUGUGGAUAUGAAGGCCUAUUCUGAAGGCAUGAGCUGCGGUGGUGAUCAGACUCAAGAGUUCAACAACAGCACCAGUAAUCCUUGCUGCGAAUUUGUUGUCGUAGACUGAACACAACAGGACCACAAGAUUUUAGAGAUGUCUCUUUGUUAUGCCUGCUUUGGAGUGCCUGGAGUAGAUGCUGUUUUCUUCUAUGCCUGGAUAUCACUAAGUUUUGAGAUUUGCAUAAAAGAGCCGAGUUUUAUAGUUGUACACUAGAUUUUCUUUUUUGCUUGUGCGAAGGUCCAUCUGUAGUGCAGAGUAGGGAUCACAUUUGUGUUCUCCAUUUGGGAAAUGGAAUUAUAACCUUAGUAUCAUAUGAACUUAUCAAUGAGAUACUGCAUUUUGAAAAGAAAUCCAUUUUCUUUUCAUAAGCUUUUUUCCUA